AUGCCGGCUUCAGACGGGCCUGUCGUUGGCGUUCCCAACGGCUUCAGGCGGAGACCGGUGGGGAGCAUUGUGCAGCUUCAGAUGGGGACGGCUUCAGGCGGGGGUUGGCGGGAGCGUCCUGUUGCCGGGGGAGGUGGACGGUUUCAGCCGGUGCGGACACAGACGAGCUCUCCCCGCCCGCCUGCCACGCCAGCGCAGAGUCAAUGUACGAACGAGCGAGACUUUCAAGUGAAAGUGAAAGUAAAGAGCGCGGAGGUUUGGGCGGUGUCGGGGCACCAGGGUGUCGGGGCGGCGGGUGUCGGGGCUCAGGGUGCUGGGCACCAGGGUGUCGGGGCUCAGGGCGGCGGGUGUCGGGGCACCAGAGCGGUGUCGGGGCGAAGCGAGGCGGCCAUGCCGUGCAGUGGCGACUUGUGGCCGGCCCUGUUCCCGGGACUCAUCGCUAUGCUCGCCCUGCUCGGGGCAGCAGAAGGAGGAGAUCUGGUUGUGUCAAUGAAUUCAAAAACGGUGGAAGUCUUUGUGAAUAAAGAUGCCCUUCUUGAAUGCCGAGUGUCUGGUUACAAAACCAGUGAGAUCGACCUUCAAAAUGUGGGUGUCAUCUGGUACCUUACAAGGUUGGGGGCCCCCAAGGAGGAAGUGUAUAAAUUCAGCGCAGGAACGCAUACACCUUACAGAAAAGAUGCUGCGAUUUUUGAUGAUGAGUUAAAGAAGGGAAUUGCCUCUCUCUUCCUGCCACUUGUUCAAUUUGAUGAAGAAGGAGAUUAUACCUGCGUAGUCUUCAUCAGCCCGGACCAGGGAAGCGGCAAAUCUACAAUGAUUGUUUCAGCUAAACCACAAAUGAGUUUAUCCGCAACUGCGAUCACAAUUGAGAAUGGGACGGAGAAAUCGGUGAAAUGUGACAGUACUGCGUUUUACCCCUUGGCCAUUCAGAUAAGCUGGCUCAAGAAAUCAAAGAGUGGAGAACAGAAGAUCCUAGACCACAUUUGCACAGGAUCUCCUGUUAAAAAUGAGGAUGGAACCUACAAUGUGUCGAGCCACAUGAGGCUACGUCCAACACUCCAGGACGAUGGUAACACUUAUGUCUGCAUAGUGAGACAUAGAUCACUUGGUAAGGACACAGAGUUGACCACCCAUCUGACUGUCAGAGAGCCAGAAGUCGUUGUGCCAGGGGGAAUAAUAACAGGCUGUGUUAUUGGUAGUAUACUGCUGUGUUCCUUGUUUAUGAUCGGAGGAUUUUUAAUGUAUCUAAAGAUUUUAAAAAAAGUACCUCCUAAAGUGUCUGAAAUCGCCAAACCACCACACAUUAUACAUUUGGAAGAAACUGUUCUGACUUGUCACAUUUCAGGAUAUAAGCCUGCAGACAUUUCGCUUUGUUGUUUUCUACAAAGAGAGGGAGGAAAUAAAAGUGAGAUUUUCCAAUGGAGUUCUGCACCUGGCCACUCGCAAGCACCUGAAGCUAUUGACCAGCAAAGUCUUAUUUGCAACGGCGACUCUGCAAAGGAGUCUUUCCACAUUGAGAUGACAGCUGUUACACAUGAUGGCCGCUCCAGUGCAAAAUGCAAAAUUAUAUUCAUCCCUGAUAUUGAUAAUGAUGACGGAACUGUCCUCUUUCUUCACGUUUUACACAGCACUCUUGGAAAGCCUAUUAUUAAAUCCAUCCAAUUGAAUGUUGAAGGAAUUGCACCAAAGAUGACUAAUAUUAUUGCUCCGCCUCACAUUAUUCAUGAAGAGAUGAUUGCUCUGUCUUGUCCUAUUGACGGAUUUAAGCCAAGACCACUGGCCAUCACUUGGUACCAAAAACCCAACAUAGCAAACGAGAACAUGGGAUUGAAAGAAAUUGUGAGAACUGUGUUUGGAAGCGAAGAUGUUAUUGCUGAUUGGGAUCUGCCUAAAUAUUCCCACUCUCUAAAUGAGUUGGCCAAUGAAGACAAUACUUAUAGUGUCACCAGUUUCCUAAAAUUUACACCGACGAUUCUCGCAGACCAUGAAACCGUGUACGUUUGUGAAGUUGAACAUCCAGCUACGGCUUCAAAUACACAACGUCAGGUCAAACUUGACGUAAAAGCAAUCCCAGAAUGUGAAGACAUUAAGUUGGCGCCGGAAAUCCCAAUUGCAGAAGAAUUUGCUGUUUCAACCUGCAGGAUACAUUCCUUCUUCCCAAAGAACAUUACAGUUACUUGGAAAAUGGAUAACAAACUAAUGCAGGAAACUAAAGCUGAAAAUGAACCCACCUUGGGCCCCGAUGGUCGUUAUAGCUUCACAGAUCUUCUGAAGUUCAUCCCUGCGAGAGAAGACCUUGGAAAGAUAUUAACCUGCAAAUUCCAGCAUGAAAGUAUCAUCGGCGCAAAAAGAACUGACCAUAAAUUGGAUAAACUGACGUCUCCACCGUUAUUGGACGACAUGAAAAUUGAACCACAAAAUCCCAAACCAGGAGAUUUGACAACAUUCUCGUGCCAUGCACGUGGCUUCUAUCCAAAGGAUGUUAAGUUCAUGUGGUUCAAAAAUGAGAAGAUGAUUGAUGAUAAUGAGAUCACUUUUACUGACCCAGAGAUCGAUAAAAACACUGGCUUCUUCUGCAGUGAAAGUCGGUGGAAGUAUAAGAUUUUACCUGAUGACCAUCAAAUCAAUUUCAAAGUUGAGGCUCUUCACUUUCAAACUGUUCAUCGACCCGCUAAGGUCUUUCACACCUUACACCUUGGAGGAACUCCAAUGCUUUCUGAUAUCAUUCUUGAGCCAGAAACUCCAUUCUAUGGCCAGCCUCUAGUUCUUAAAUGCAACGUGACCAAUUUUUCUCAGAAUGGAAUCUCCACCAAUUGGCUAAUGGACAAUGAACCUAUUUUGAAAGGAGUCAGGAAUACAGACCCCAGGGAGGAACAAGAUGGAUUUUAUCAGUUGUGCUCCUGUCUGGACCUGACACCCACAGCUUUACAUUACAACAAGAAACUUGUCUUUGAGGUGAAAAAUGAAGUUACAUCUGAAGUUAUUACCAAACACUUAUAUUUACCACUUCCAGGUAAUUCCCCCAAUGUGUCUGAAAUCAACCGCAAAGCUCAAGAGGAAAGCACAGUGGCAUCUUUCACGGUUUCGUUGACUGAUUAUGUACCUCAGAAAAUUGAGGUGAAGUGGUUCAAAGGAGAACAACGCUAUGUAGGGCCUGUCCAUAAUAGUCAACCUCAGGUUGCCACCACUGGCCUCUUCUCUUCAACAACAGAAAUACAAUUUAUUCCAGAACCAUGUGAUCAUGACUUGGAAAUCAGAUGUGAGAUAUUUCAUCUGGAAACAAAGAAAAGGAUUUACCGAAAGUGUCGCUUAACAUUUUGAGAUGCUGCCUGGUCUGCUGACUAUUUCCAGAGGGAUUUUGUAACAAUAUGUAAAGUUAACUUUAAAUCUUGCCAUAAGCUGUGAGCCUUGGAGGAGUUGGAGGAUCAAUCACUGUAGCAGUUUUGGGAACUAAGGAGCAAACUAAAAAAGGAGACCAGAAGGGCAAAAGAGGGCCAGGAGAUAGCACUGGCCGGCAGCAUAAAAGACAAUCCCAAAAGAUUUUAUGAAUACGAAAGUGGGAAUUAGAGAGAGAGUGGGACCUCUCAGGAAUAAAGCGGUCAUCUCUGUGUGGAGCCACAGGAGAUGGGCAAGGUGCUCAAUGAGUAUUUCUCCUCUGUAUUAACCAAGGAGAAAGACAGUAGGACAGAAGAAAUUGGAGCAGUCACUGGAAGUAUCAUGAGAGCAGUCAGGGUUAUCGUCGAGGAAGUACUGAAGGUACUGACGUAUUUAAAGGUAGACAUGUAUAUGUUAAAUCUAUCAGAUACUAGACCAAGUGCAGAUCCGUUGGGUCUGCUCCCCCAAUGGUGUGAUCCCCCAACCCAAUGUUCCACCAUGCACCCGUCUCCUCCAACGGAACUGAACCCGUUCCCAAAUGUAAGAUUCCAGCACUCCCCUGCCUCCCUCAGCAGUGGAUUUAAAAAAAAUUCCAAUUGCACCUCCCCUGCCCGCUGCAGCAGUUCCAAUUGCAAUACCAAUGGGCCCUCCCCCUCCUGUUGAAGCACUUGCUGUGCUAUCCCAUUGAGGUGAAAAGUUCAGAGUGUUCCUGUCUUGCAACUUUGUUUUGAAGUGUGUUGGAAGUUGAUAGGAAGGAGCAGCCGUCAACGAAUCAAAAGGCAGAAAGGCAGCCAGACGGCAGGCGGCAGCCACACAGUUUUAAUAUAUAAUAGAUAUCCGAGAACAUUGCGUGAAACUAGAGAGGAAAUUGCGGGAGCCCUUGUUGAAAUUUACGUGUUGUCCUUAAAUACAGGAGAGGUGCUUGAGGAUUGGAGAGUGGCAAAUGGUGUGCCUCUUCAAGAAGGGCUGCAGGGAAAAUGCUGGGAACUAUAGGCCAGUGAGCUCAACAUCUGCAGUUGGUACGUUACUGGAGAGUAUUCUGAGGAAUGGGAUAUCCUGGCAUUUAGACUGUCAAGGCUGAUUAGGGAUAGUCGGCAUGGUUUUGUACAUGAGAGGUCAUCUCACAAAUCUGAUUGAUUUUUUUGAAGACAUGAGCAAAAAGAUUGAAUGUGCACAUGGACUGCACAUGGACUUCGACAAGCUGCCGCAUGGUAGGCUACUCCAGAAGGUUAUAUCUCAUGGGAUCCAAGGAGAGAUAGCUGAAUGGAUAGCAAAUUGGCUCCCUGGAAGGAAGCAGAGGGUGAUAGUGGAAGGUUGCUUCUCAGAAUAGAGGCCUGUGACUAGUGGUGUGCCACAGGGUUCGGUGCUGGGCCCGUUACUGUUUGUCAUCUGCAUUAACGAUUUGGAUGAGAACAUACACGGCAAGAUUAGCAUGUUUGCUAAUGAUAUAAAAGUUAGUGUUUUUGCAGAUAGUGAAGAUGGUUGUGAACAAUUGCAGCAGGGUCUGGAACGAUUGGUCAGGUGGGCGGAGGAAUGGUUGAUGGAAUUUAAUACAGAGAAGUGUGAGGUGUCGAACAAGGGCAGGCCUCUGGGUUGUGUUGUAGAGCAGAGAGAUCAAAGUGUGCAAGAGUACAAGUGCAUGAUUCCUUGAAGGUUGAGUCGCAGGUAGAUAA